UAUCUCUCUCGCUCUCGCUUGUUCUUCCUAGGGUUUUUGGUUUUUGUGUUUUUCUAUAUCUAUUUCUCUUCUUGCAGACUCGUUGAAUAAACCCUAGUUUGACCUAUUUUGGGCUCAAAGAAAAUGGGAGAAACAAGAGAAAACGAGGCAUACGAAGAAGAGCUUCUCGACUACGAGGAGGAGGAGGAGAAGGCUCCGGAUUCCAUUGGAGCGAAAGGCACCGGCGAAUCGGCAAAGAAAGGUUACGUUGGAAUUCACAGUUCUGGAUUUAGAGAUUUUCUUUUGAAGCCUGAGCUCCUUCGAGCUAUUGUAGAUUCAGGAUUUGAGCACCCUUCAGAAGUGCAACACGAGUGCAUCCCUCAGGCCAUCCUAGGGAUGGAUGUCAUCUGCCAAGCAAAGUCUGGGAUGGGUAAAACUGCAGUGUUCGUCCUCUCUACCCUGCAGCAAAUUGAGCCUGUUGCUGGUCAAGUUGCUGCGCUUGUUUUAUGCCAUACGCGGGAGUUGGCUUACCAGAUUUGUCAUGAAUUUGAGCGUUUCAGCACAUAUUUGCCUGACCUUAAAGUUGCUGUCUUCUAUGGUGGUGUUAAUAUCAAAAUCCACAAGGAAAUGCUCAAGAAUGAGUGUCCUCAUAUUGUGGUUGGCACGCCUGGAAGAAUACUUGCUCUAGCUAGAGACAAAGACCUUGCAUUGAAGAAUGUGAGGCAUUUCAUCCUUGAUGAAUGUGACAAGAUGCUUGAAUCACUUGACAUGCGGAGAGAUGUGCAAGAGAUUUUCAAGAUGACUCCUCACGAUAAGCAAGUGAUGAUGUUUUCUGCGACACUCAGCAAGGAGAUUCGCCCUGUCUGCAAGAAAUUUAUGCAAGAUCCGAUGGAAAUUUAUGUAGAUGAUGAAGCCAAGUUGACACUACAUGGUCUUGUGCAGCACUACAUCAAACUGACUGAGUCAGAAAAGAACCGCAAGUUGAAUGAUCUGCUUGAUGCAUUGGAUUUCAAUCAAGUAGUUAUAUUUGUCAAAAGUGUUAACAGAGCAGCUGAGCUGAACAAAUUACUUGUGGAGUGUAACUUCCCAUCCAUCUGCAUCCAUUCUGGAAUGUCACAGGAAGAAAGGUUGACACGGUACAAGGGUUUCAAGGAGGGGCACAAAAGGAUUCUUGUGGCAACGGAUUUGGUUGGCAGGGGAAUAGAUAUUGAACGUGUAAACAUAGUUAUCAAUUAUGACAUGCCUGAUUCUGCUGACACAUAUUUACAUAGGGUUGGUAGGGCUGGUCGUUUUGGGACCAAGGGACUUGCAAUCACUUUUGUAUCAUCUGCUGCUGACUCUGAUGUUCUUAAUCAGGUUCAAGAGAGGUUUGAAGUGGACAUAAAAGAGCUCCCAGAGCAAAUAGAUACAUCCACAUACAUGCCAUCAUGAAGGCGCUCCAGUUCUCGUCAUCUUAUUCUUGCCUUCUGCAAAUGGAAGGAGCGCACUUUGCUCUAUUGGUUCUGUCUAGUAGACCUAUAACCACUACAAGACACAAAUGCAGUUUCUUCAUACUGACUGGUAGUUUUGUCUCCUAUGUGCAACUGCAACCUGAGGUGGGCUUUGUGACAAUAAAGUUUUGCCAAAUGUCCUCAUCGUGUAAACUAUGUUUUUUUGUUGGGAAUAUGCUUGGUUCAGAAUUAGGGAGCCGUUGGUUUAAUCAUUUCUGAUAAAUACUUAGAGAUCCAAGUCCAACUGGUCUGUUCUGAUUGCAAAAACAAAUAAAAUAAACUGCACGUUAAGUCGUUAAGGCACAGUAGGUUAUUUGUGUCUGGGGCUGGGGGUUCCUUUUACUGAAGUGAAAGAACUUGUUGAAUCGGCGCUUACACUUGAACCCUUUCCUCGUUUAAAUGACUGUCGGGGAUUGCUGUUUU